GGAGUCCCCGUGUCGCUUAUUGACGGCCCCCGGGAGCCUUUAUAGCGUGUAUGUGUCGGGGGGGACGAGCCAUCUUCUCCACCAGAACCGGGCCGAGCCUAGGACGCCACCAUGUUGCCAUUAGCGGUACUGCCAUUCUGCCUCGGGGCUGUUCUCUCGGCCCCAGCCCUGGACCCACAGCUGGACGAGCACUGGAAUAUCUGGAAGGACUGGCACAGUAGAAAUUACCAUGAGAAAGAGGAGGGCUGGAGGAGGAUGGUGUGGGAGAAGAACCUGAAGAAAAUUGAAUUGCACAACCUGGAGCAUUCCAUGGGCAAGCACACAUACCGUCUGGGGAUGAACCACUUCGGUGACAUGACCCAUGAGGAAUUCAGGCAGGUGAUGAACGGCUUCAAACGUACAACAGUGAGAAAGUUCAAGGGCUCCCUGUUCAUGGAACCCAACUUCCUGGAGGCCCCACGUGCCCUUGACUGGAGGGACAAGGGCUACGUAACCGCCGUGAAAGACCAGGGUCAGUGUGGCUCUUGCUGGGCCUUCAGUACCACUGGUGCCCUGGAGGGCCAACAUUUCAGGAAGACAGGCCAGCUGGUGUCCCUGAGCGAACAGAACCUGGUGGACUGCUCCAGGCCUGAGGGCAACGAGGGCUGCAAUGGAGGCUUGAUGGACCAGGCCUUCCAGUAUAUCAAGGACAACCAGGGUUUGGACUCCGAGAACUCCUACCCUUACCUUGGAACUGAUGACCAGCCAUGCCACUAUGACCCCAAGUACAACUCGGCCAAUGACACCGGCUUCGUGGAUGUUCCCAGUGGCAAGGAACACGCUCUGAUGAAGGCCGUGGCGGCUGUGGGACCUGUGUCUGUAGCCAUCGAUGCUGGCCACGAGUCUUUCCAGUUCUACCAAUCAGGAAUCUACUAUGAAAAGGAAUGCAGCAGUGAGGAGUUGGACCAUGGUGUGCUGGUGGUGGGUUAUGGCUACGAAGCAGAAGAUGUGGAUGGCAAGAAGUACUGGAUUGUUAAGAACAGCUGGAGUGAGAAAUGGGGAGACAAGGGCUACAUCUACAUGGCUAAAGAUAAGAAGAACCACUGUGGAAUUGCAACAGCUGCUAGCUAUCCUCUAGUUUAGCUCCUAUGCAGUCCUAUUUUUAGUACCAUGGUGUGUUUUUUAUUGCAAUAGUUUUGGCUUGAGACGGCCAUAUCCGUAUUACAGUCGUAUUACAGCCUGAACAAGGCUCUGGUCAGAGCACGACAUUGUCAGAAGAUUCUGAAAUGUUUUUUAACAAGAAACACUGUUUUUAGGGAAUUGCUGCCAUCUUGUUUUGGGCUGAUUUUUACGCCACUUUAUUAAUUUGAAAUUUUAGUUUAGAAGUUUUACUCUGUAAAUAUGUUUAUGCUGCUGGUUAAGUGUUGUCUUAACAGUUGCUGUGUUCAUUGUAUAAAUGUUUGGUCGUUUUCUAUUUUUACUGUGAUUUAAUUAAAAUUGUGAAACACUA